GAUGGAUUGUGUGAGCGGAUUGUUUCAAAAUCCAAUGAAAACCGUGCCAGCGCGAACGGCUACCGGAUCUUUCGCUCUUCGUCUUUGGCCAAAGCCAAAAGCCAACAACAACACAACACUAUCGCUACAGUUGAGACAAGGGAGAGACACACAACAGGAACGACACUGCGCCAGCCUAUCACUGUCAACCUAGCUAGCUAGUACAUUGGGAGAUCGAGAGAAAACAGUCUGUUGUUGAAGACCACAAGACAAGUACAACGAUUUGAAAAACUCCCUCCAGAAGAUACCCAGGAAAUCAUCAGUGCCAGAGAAUUGACGAAGAAUGAUUGCAGCACACCCGGAAAGCUUGACGUUUGUGGCGGAAAUUGAUCAAGGAUUCAAGCGUGUCCGAUCGAGAGUCCCACACAAAGCCAUCUUUCAAGGAAAGGUCACUGGGACCAUCAUCCAUCCAAGCUGCUGUGAAAAAUUGGAACGAUUCCUCCUGAGAAGUGUGGGAUUCAACGAUGAGCAGAUUGUUUUUAUUGUGCGUGCAUCCAAAGGGAAGAGGUUGUUUCUCUACGUGGAUGGGAUUGCAGAUACUAGUACGGUGAGAGUGGGAAACUCCCACGAAUUCCAUGCGGCAGUCCAGCGAAUUCUGGCCAAUGUGCGUUUUGACCCAGAAAAGCAUGAGAUUGUCAUUUUGUAUGGUUUUGCAGUCAUGUUGGAUUCGUUGAUAAUCCAUAUGAAGCAGAGCCUUGACAAUCCUAAAACUUGCCUUUUUGGUUGUAUUGACAAGUUAUUUGAUAAACUCAUCAUGAGUGAUCACCAGGCAGCAUUGUUGUCAUUGAUCAUGAUUCUUGCAAUGAAGAAACACCCAAAGAACCAAGCACUGCAGAGGAAAGCAACGCUAUCCAUUUGCCGUGCAAGUGUUGCUUUUGGCAGCUUUUUCAAUCAUGGAAUCAUCAAGCAGCGUGGUGCAGAAAUGUUGCUGGCUGUAUUUGAAAGAAACUUGGGAGACAUGGAGCUGUGCCAGGCCGUAGUUUCCAGUUUCCGAGAAUUGGCAGAGAGAAAGAUGGUGCUUGCCUUUGAACUUACUGGGUUGCAUGCACUUCAUAGUAAUCAGGGAAAGUUCAACUCAUUGGAAGAGGAAAACUACGCACUGCUGCAAAGGACACUCUUCCAGGCAAUGGGGACAAUUCUCCAAGCCAUUGCCAAGUAUCCCAAGUCCUCUCAACUCCAACGGGAGGGACUCAAGUGCCUUGAGCGUGUUUCUUUUGAUUUUGACAAAAAGGGCAACAAAUUCAUUUGGAAUUUGGGAAGAGGUUCCCUCGCAGUUGUCAAUGCAGUCUUGCGAUCACAUGGUGUGCUUCCAGGCCAUGGGUGCCAUCUACUGAAUAACGUCCUCUCUUGUUCCACCGAUCCAAUGUGUCAAAAGGCCGCGCUACUGGAUGAAACAGGUCAGGCGGAUGCCGUGAUUGGUGUGGCCACAUCCUGUCUCCGAGAAAAUCCGCGGGACAGCUUGGCAAAUUAUGCUUUUGAGUUGCUGUGCACAGUGCUCUCUCGGUAUCCUGCGAUGGCACCAACAUACAUGACAUGUUUGAUCCGAGCCAUGAAGGCUCUCGCGAGUGACCGCUGCAACAAAUGGCAUAUUGUGAUCAGAGCAGGUUGUUCCCUUUUUGCACGCAUUGACCUGAUGGCUAGUGGCAUUGUGGAGCACCAUCAGGAGAUCAUGGAAGUGCUGGUUUGUGGAGUCUCACAGGCAGCCUGGACGAAGGACCCUCUUUUGUUUGAAGAUUGCACGUUUGUACUGAAACAGUUCGCCAAGCAUACUUCUUGGCAUGGUACCGUGGCAGCAGAUCCACAGCUUGUCCUUUUACUCUCCCAUGAUGGUCUAAGCUCGGAGUGCUCUGAAGAUGUCGGCGUGCAUGUCAUUCACAUCUUGUCAUCAUUGGUGCAUAAAGGGGGCAUUAGUGCCAUCAUGCCUAAGGGCAACGCUUUUGGCUGCAUCAAAGUCAUCACCAUAGCAAUGAGUAUGACUCCGAAAUACCGAUUCGUCCACAAGGUGGGGUUCCGUCUUCUUGCCAUGAUUGACUUUACUGAGGCCAAUGCCAAGCUGGCAUUCGUCAAUGCUGGAGGUCCUUUUGCAGUGAUAACCUCCCUCGCAGAGCACUUUUGGGACGAGAAGCUGGCAGAGAAUGCUUGCAAGGUGUUGAACAUGUUAACCUGGUCAUCAACUGGAAUCAAUAUGCAGCCAGUUUUGGAGGGCCUGUUGGCUGUGGACAGUGCAGUGGUUACCAUUUUGAGACCAGCUCGAAGGUUUCUUCGCAAUGAGAUCAUAUGGGACGAAGGAGGAACAUCUGUCUUCCGACUCCAUGAUUGGCAAUAUGAUGGUAAGAUCUGUGGCAGACAGUACGAAGUGUAUUGAUGGGGUCCGUGCAUGGUGGUGGCAUACCAAAGAAUAGAAAAAUGGGGAUUGGAACGUUCCAAUGCAUUUGAAAGGGACGCCACUUGACCCUGCUGGAAAAGGAAACACAGAGGUCGUUGGCGCCGCCUAUGCAUACAUGACUAGAUAAUACCAACUGUACCGUAGGAAAGCAGUAGUAGAGGACGAGGAAGCAGGAAGCUAGAGUUAUUACUAGAACAACAUCACGCACCGUAGCUCUGGCUAGGAGAGAAAGGCCAGGAGCGCACGCCCUCGUUCCCUCUUUUCCAAGAACGCUCGCAGCACUUGUGGUAUGGGGAUGGCUAUUUGCCCGCUCCAUUCCCAAACGGUCGACACAAAGACUCCUCCCAGCGAUGACAGGUUCUUUUCCUCGUUCGUCGACCACGGGGAUUCUACGACGAGCCGUUCCGUGAGUUGGUCGAUUUUUUGAUCUAGUGGGUCGUAGUAUCCGCUCACAAUGUCCAACAAUUUAUCCACCGACGUUGCAAAGUUUCGUAGCAAUGGAGAAUCCACCAAUGCGCGCAGUCGAAAGUCUACUGGAGUCUUGGUAGGCAAGGGCGCCUCGGUACGGAAAUCCGCAUCCAGAAUCAAGUUUUCGGCCGCAUCCGGAUCCACUUGCUUGAGUAUGUUCAAAAGUGCAGGUCGCACGUCUUCAUGACGUUUGAGAGCGUUCAAACCAGCUUCCACCAAUUCACGGACGUCGUCGUCACUGGUCUCCCCCGGGCAAGAAGAGCCUCCUUCCUCGUCAUCAUAUGCAUUUGGUGAUUGUUCUAGUUCGUCAAUGAAAGCGAGUGUUCUUUCAUUCUCCUCUUGGGAGGCAUUCUCAAUGAUUCCAUUGGCUUCAGUGAAUCCUUCUUCCAUUUGUUUCUUGCCCUUGGUGACAGAGGAAGAAACCUCUGAAAAGUUUUGGCACAUUUCUGUGGGGUCCUUUCGACUGUCCUCCAACAAAGCCGCUGUAGAGGAAAGCAUGGAUUCCAGGUCUUCUUCCUGGGCGUAUUGAGCAAGUAGGUCGGCUGUUUCGUCUUCUUCCUCGUCAUCAUCUUGCGGGUUGUCGUUUUCUUCUUCGUCUUCUUCUUCGUCCACUAGUACAGCAGUAUCGUCGUCGUCCUCCUCAUCCAGUGCUUCCAUAGUCAACUCUGGCAGCUCCUCCAGGACACACAAAGAGUCAUGGAGAUCUUCUGCGGUAACUAUUUCUUUUUCGGGAAAGGGAGUUUCGGGAUCCACGAGGAUAUUUCUGACAGAGUCCCAUUGGAUACGCUUCUUGUCCCUGACCAUUCCUUGCAACUCGGACAGCGAAAACUUGAAGAGAUUUUC